AUAUGUAUAUCGUUGAGUAGCGUGGAGUAUGGUGGGCCUCUCGCGGUUCCUGAACAGAGAGGUAUAAAAGCCGAAAACCAUCCAUCCUUUAGUAUCAUUCGCAUUACAAACUCACAAGAUCGAACGAAGUACCCGAUCAACCGAGCAACAAUGGCCUUCAAGUUCGUCGCUUUCUCCAUCCUGAUCGCCGCCGCUAAUGCCGGCAUAAUCGGACCCGCCGCCCCCCUGGCCUACGCCGCGGCUCCUGCUGCACACCUGGCCUACGCCGCGGCUCCUGCUGCACCCCUGGCUUACGCCGCGGCUCCUGCCGCACGCUUGGCCUACGCCGCAGCUCCUGCUGUCGUCGCCAAGACCGUCGAUGCUGAUUACGACGCGCAUCCCCAAUACAGCUACGCGUACGACGUGCACGAUAGUCUGACCGGCGACGACAAGAGCCAGCAGGAGACCCGUGACGGCGAUCUCGUUCAGGGCAGCUACUCCCUUCUGGAGGCCGAUGGCACCAGGCGUAUAGUCGACUACACCGCUGACUCGGUCAACGGAUUUAACGCUGUCGUGCGCAAGGAACCCGCUGCUGUUGCUGUCAAGGCUGUUGCUCCGGUCGCUGCUGCACCCUACGCCUACGCCGCGGCUCCCGUCGCCAAAAUCGCGCACGCUGCUCCCUUCGCCUAUGCCGCCCCCGUAGCUAAGAUCGCCGCCGCACCAGCUUUUGCUUACAGUGCGCCCAUCGCCAAGUUCGCCGCGGCGCCCGCUUUCUCCUACGGCGCCCCUGCUGCCUACCUCCAUUGAACUGUGACCUGAUCGCCAUUUAGGAAGGA